AUGGCCUUACCUGAGGAAUGCAGUGCAAUCAUCCAGAAGAAACUUCCUCCCAAGCUGAAAGAUCCGGGCAGUUUCAGUAUUCCUAUAGCCAUAGGAAAUAUUGAAGUAGGAAAGGAAUUAUGUGAUCUGGGAGCAAGUAUAAAUCUGAUGCCACUUUCCAUAUACAGAGCUCUUGGAAUCAAAGAGUUGAUACCAACUACAGUUUUUCUCCAAUUAGCUGACAGAUCGAUCAGACGACCAGACGGGGUAAUUGAUGAUGUUUUAGUAAAAAUUGUCAAAUAUAUUUUCCCUGCAGAUUUUGUAAUUCUGAAUAUGGAAGAAGAUGCUGAGAUUCCUCUACUGCUUGGGAGGCCACUCCUAGCCACCGCAAGAGCAAUGAUCGAUGUCGAACAAGGGAAACUGAUGUUGAUGAUGAAUGAAGAGACAGUCACCAUUGAUGUCUUUGAGUCAAUGAAACAUCUGUCAGAUGGAGGAGACUAUUUCAUGGUUGACAUAAUUCAAGAAGCAGUUGAUGACACGAUGAAAGAGGAUAGUUCCCCACUUGAGUUAGAGCAAAUCAACGAAGAAGCUGAGCUUGUUGAAAAGGGAAAGAACCAGUGGUGGAAGAAUUAG